AUGGAUCCACCACUUUGUGCUAAUGGCUGUGGCUUCUAUGGUUCUGCUGCCAACAAGAACCUUUGUUCAAAGUGUUACGGAGAUUAUCUCAAAGGAAAAUUGAUCAAAUCAAAGGAUGACAAGAACUUGAAUGAGAAAGUUAUUGUUCUUGAUCAUUCAUCUAGUUGUCGUAAACCGUGUGAUUGUUCUGAAGAAUCUAUGAGUGAGGGUAUGGCUAAUGUUUGUCUAACGGAAGAUGGAAGCAUGAGUGAGAAGAAAAAGAGGUGCAAGAGCUGCAACAAAAAGGUUGGACUAAUAGGGUUCGAGUGUCGUUGUGGGGAUGUGUUUUGUGGAAGACAUAGAUACCCAGAACACCAUGCAUGCAAAGUUGAUUUCAAGCAAAUUGCUCGUCAGGCUUUGAUUAAACAAAAUCCACUGUGUAAUGGCGAUAAGUUAGAAGAUAGAAUUUAG